UCUCUCUCUCAACAACCGGCCUAAUCUUUAAUUUCUCUCUUUAUUUUGUUUUUCUGGGAGAGGCCUCACCUUCACCUAGCUAUAUAAGAACGUUGCACCGUCUACAACAUCCCUUGUGUGGUUAAUUUUCUCUUUUCUACGGGCACUACCCUCUAUCUCCUUCGAUGGAAGAACUGAGCACCGAAACCAACAGAAAGAAGCGAAUCCGAGCCAACUCGGAUUUUAACUCGGCCGAGGAGAAACGAGUUGACUCGGAGAGCCCAAAGUCGAGUCCCAAGAGGGCCAGGAAGGACUCAUAUCUGAACUCGUCUGAGUUCGUCCGAGUUGAAUGGGACGAGUUUGGAGUUAACUCGCCCGAGUCGAACCGGAUCCCGGAUGACAUCCUGGACAUCCUAGACGACCCAGACCCGGUGGCCGACUCGGCGAUCCAAGAUCUCGACUCGGUCAUAAAAAGCUUCGAAGAAGAGAUCCUCCCCCAUUUGCCGUCGCCGGUGGAUUUCCCGAUCACCGUGCCGGAAUACGUUGAGUCUCAGGGGGACCUCGGGUACCUUCUAGAAGCCUCGGACGACGAGCUUGGCCUGCCGCCGACAGCCGAGAAACAGAUAACGAAGACCAAGUCGGACGAUUUGACUCACCUUGCGCCGGAGGCGCUUGGAUCGAGCGAAGUUUUUGGAUUUGAAGGUGAGUUGUCGAGUUACGAGCCGUUUGGGUUUGAAGCCAGUGAAGAAAAUGAUGAUUUUGUGGCGGUGGGAGGGUUGUUUAGACUGUAACUCGGCUGAUUUAUCCGAGU